UGUUCCCAACCGGAAGUGACGCACGGAUUUGUUGACAGCGGCCGUUUCUGCGGUGUGAGUGAGCCAGAGAGAGAGUCCCGAGGAGGGCCAGGGCAGGACCGGAACCGGAACCACUUCCAGGGCGGACAGCUUCGGCUUACCUGAGGGAGGCAAGCAGGCAGCCUCCUGGAUCCAGUUCAGACGUCUGCCUAGGAGGACCCCGGAACGGAAGGCCUUUAGGGGGGCUUGAGGGGGUCUUUAUCGGGGCGUCCCCCCCUCCCAAGAUGGCCUCCGACAGCCCUGAGUCCCUGAUGACCCUUUGCACGGACUAUUGCCUCCAUAACCUCGAAGGCACCCUCUGCUACUUGCUGGACAACGAGACCCUCCGCCUCCACCCCGACAUCUUCCUCCCCAGCGAGAUUUGUGACCGACUCGUCAACGACUAUGUGGAGCUGGUCAACUCGGACAGCAUCUUCGACCACAACGAGAACUUCUUUGCCCUCUUUUCGGACCCCCGCAGCACUCGACUGGCCCGGAUCCACUUGCGGGAAGACCUGGUCCAGGAUCAGGAUUUGGAAGCCAUCCGGAAGCAGGACCUGAUGGAGCUCUUCCUGACCAACUGCGAGAAGCUGACGGCCAAGAGCCUACAGACGCUGGGCAGCUUUGGGCCCACCUUGGUCUCGCUCAGCCUCUUUGGCUGCACCAACAUCUUCUACCAGGAGGAGAACCCCGGCGGGGGCGGCGGGGGCGGCUGUGAGGACGACUUCAACCCCACGCGGCAGGUGCUGGCCAAGGGCUUCACCUUCGAGGGCUUCCCCCGCCUGCGCUUCCUGAACCUGGGCCGCCUGACCGAGGGGGUGGACGUGGAGGCCCUGCUCCGGCCCCUGCCCGCCCUGGCCGCCCUCGACCUCUCGGCCAUCCAGAUGAACGACCUGCUCUUCCUGACCCGCUGGAAGGACAGCCUGGCCUCCCUCGUCCUCUACAACACCGACCUCUGCGAGGAGCACGUCCAGGCCAUCGCACAGCUGCGCAAGCUCCGGCACUUGGACAUCUCCCGGGACUGCCACUCCAGCUACUACAAGUUCAAGCUCACCCGCCGGGUCUUGAGCCUCUUUGUGGACAACCUGAGCAGCCUCUCCUGGCUGGACAUCUCCGGACACACCAUGCUGGACAACUGCGCCUCCGCCUCCUCCGCCUCCGCCGACCUCGAGGAGAAAGCCGGGCAGGUCAGCACCAACCCGGAAAAGAGCAGCAUCACGCCUUUCCGGAACCUGAAGAGGCCGCUUCAGUUCCUGGGCUUGUUUGAGACCUCCCUCUGCCACCUGCCUCACAUCCCGGCCUAUAAGGUGACAGGGAACGAGAACGAGGAGCAGGUCCUGAACGCCAUUGAAGCCUACACCGAGCACCGUCCUGAGAUCACCUCCCGCGCCAUCAACCUGCUCUUCGACACCGCACGCACCGAGCGCUGCCACCAGCACCUGCGUGCCCUCAAGCUGGUGAUUGCAGCCCUGAAGUGCCACAAGUACGACAAGAACAUCCAGGUGACGGGGAGCGCCGUCCUCUUUUACCUGACCAACUCAGAAUACCGGGCCGAGCAGAGCAUCAAGGUGCGCCGGCAGGUCAUCCAGGUGGUGCUCAGCGGCAUGGAGUCCUACCAGGAAGUCACCGUGCAGCGCAACUGCUGCCUGACGCUGUGCAACUUCAGCAUCCCGGAGGAGCUGGAGUUCCAGUAUCGGCGGGUCAACGAGCUGCUGCUGAGCAUCCUCAACAUGACGCGGCAGGACGAGUCCAUCCAGCGCAUCGCCGUCCACCUCUGCAACGCCCUGGUCUGCCAGGUGGACAACGACCACAAGGAGGCCGUGGGCAAGAUGGGCUUCGUCAUGACGAUGCUGAAGCUGAUUCAGAAGAAACUGGUGGAUAAGCUGUGCGACCAAGUGAUGGAGUUCUCCUGGAGCGCCUUGUGGAACAUCACGGACGAAACCCCAAACAACUGCGAGAUGUUCCUCAACUACAGCGGCAUGAAGCUCUUCUUGGAGUGCUUGAAGGAGUUCCCCAACAAGCAGGAGCUGCACCGCAACAUGCUGGGCCUGCUGGGCAACGUGGCCGAGGUGGAGGAGCUCCGCCCGCAGCUCAUGACCUCCCAGUUCAUCUCCGUCUUCAGCAACCUCCUGGACAGCGAGGCCGACGGGAUCGAGGUCUCCUACAACGCCUGCGGGGUCCUCUCCCACAUCAUGUUUGACGGGCCCACGGCCUGGGUCAUCGCGGAGCCCCCCCGGGAGCAGGUGGUGGGGCGCAUGUGGGACGCCAUCCAGCGCUGGGACCUCAACUCACGCAGGAACAUCAACUACCGGUCCUUUGAGCCCAUCCUGAGGCUCCUCCCACAAGGCAUCUCCCCCGUCAGCCAGCACUGGGCCACCUGGGCACUCUACAACCUCGUCUCUGUCUACCCGGACAAGUACUGCCCUUUGCUGAUCAAGGAAGGCGGGCUGCUCCUCUUGAGGGACAUGAUCAAGAUGGCUUCCUCCCGGCCGGAGACCAAGGAAAUGGGGCGGAAAGUCAUCGAACACUGCAAUAACUUUAUGGACGAGAACAUGGACACCUCCAGAUAAGAGGCGAGGCAGAGGAUGGGCCUCUCGCUUGUACAUAGAAUGGGACUUUCUCACCCGCUGGAGGAGGAGGAGGAUUAGGAGGCGCCGCAGCCAGCCCGUCGCGUGUGUUUGGUGUGUGCGCCGCUCGGGAGGCCUUUGGGGCCACACAGUGCUCCGAUUUGCACAAGGGCCCUUCCUUCCUUCCUUCCUUCCCCUUUCCUUCCUUCCUUCCCGCCGCACUUCGUCUGUGUAAAAAGAAAGAAAGAAAGAAAAGACGAUCCAAAAA